CGGAGACGCGAUAGGCUCGCACAGGAAGCAGAACAUCGCCAGCGGCCCGCGGGGCGGAAGGAAGUCAACGCUGAAUUUCUCGGCUUGCACGUCGCAUCCUUCUGCAAGAGCUGCGUCCUGGCAUGGGCGAUGUGGUUGUUGCAAUCGCUCUGCCACCCGCCCUUUCUAGGUUUCCGGUGCGCUCGAGGGAUUCGGCCUGUCUCCUCCUCCGGCUUCUGUAGUUGGAAGGCCCGGCCCACAAAGCUUGAGCCGCCUCUGCAAAGAAACCGCCGUUCCCGCUGCAUGACUGGUCCUUCUCAAGACGCCUCCUAUAAGCACCUGCCAAAUGGAAGAGAGAAGACAAUUAUUUGCAUCGAGGGGAAUAUUGCAAGUGGGAAAACGACAUGCCUGGAUUAUUUUGCCCAGAAUACCAGCAUUGAGGUGUUGACCGAACCAGUGUCUAAAUGGAGGAAUGUUCGUGGUCAUAACCCUCUGGGCUUAAUGUACCAAGAUGCAGCACGCUGGGGGAUCACAUUACAGACUUACGUGCAGCUCACGAUGUUGGACCAACAUACAAAACCAAUGAUUUCGCCCAUUAGAAUGAUGGAGAGGUCAAUCCACAGUGCAAAACACAUUUUUGUAGAAAACCUUUACCGAAGCGGGAGAAUGCCUGAAGUGGAUUACGUUGUAUUAACGGAAUGGUUCGAGUGGAUCACAAAGAACAUGGAUGUUUCAGUUGACCUGAUAGUUUAUCUACAGACCUCUCCUGAGACGUGUUACAAGAGACUCAAACGAAGGUGUAGGGAAGAGGAAAAGGUCAUUCCUAUGGAAUAUUUGGCAGCUAUUCAUCAGCUCUAUGAAGAGUGGCUCAUUAAACAAACACUGUUCAAAGUUCCUUCUCCGGUGCUGGUGCUUCAGGCGGACCAUGACCUACAGGAUAUGAUGGAAAAAUACGAAGAGAAUCAAGACCGAAUAUUAACCCUCUGCACCAGGCAGCAUCUGUAGAAACUGAUUUCCCAUUGUUACGUACACUUCACAGCUUGUAGAAACUAGUUCUAAGGUCAUUGUUGUGUGGUGUUCUCUCUGGGUGUACAUUUGAGCUUCUGAUGCUUUGCCCCAUCAGUGUUCUUGUGUGCAGGUGGACUGAUGGGAUUUUGAAACCUCAGGUGGUUUGCAGCAUGGUUGAGAAGCUGCUGCUGAGGGAGAAAUGAGAAGCCCACAGGAGUCUUUAUCCAACGGGUGGAGAACCAGUGGGCCUUUAGAUGUUGUUAGACUCCCAUCAGCCCCAGCAAGCAUGGCCAAUGGUCAAGGAUGACGGGAGUUGUAAUCCAGCAGAUAUUUGGAGGGCCACAGGGUUCUCAUCACUGCCUUAUACACACCUCUGGAUUGCUGCCCAGGACUAGGAAAAACUGAAUCUGUGGAUGCAGCUCUGGAUCUCAGAAAGAAUAGCCGCCACAUCUCCUUAAUCCCCACACUGCUCUUGAAAACACCCCCCACACACCACAAAAGUAGUGUGGACAGGUACCCUAUGCCCUUUCAGGCAUUGCUGUGGUACCACUCCUGUCAUUCCUAAUUACUGGCCACGCUGGCUGGGGCUGAUGAGACUUGGGAGUCCAACAACAUCUGGAGGGCCACAGAUUCCCUAUCUCUGUUCUAAAGAGAAAAUGAAGCUUGUUGGCACGAGCUCUGUCCCCACCUCUCCCUUGGUUUAUAAUUUAAGCAGCUCUUUUCCCCACAGUGCUCACUGAAUUUUGGGGCAUUUUGAAAGUACAGGGUUGUAUCGCAGUGUUGAGUCAUACUUUGAGUAGACCCACUGAUGGUAAUGAACAGGACUAACUUAGGUCUGUUGUUUUUAACGGGCCUACUCUGAGUAAUAGCUGGCUACAACUCACAGCUUGGAAGUUUGUCUAAUAGACAACUUCUGUGACUAAACUGGCAAAAUCCGAGGAAGAAGUAGACAUAUAUAUAUAUACCUGUUACAUCCUUUUUCUGAAUAAUACUUGUGGGUUUUUUUGGGGUAGGCUGUAAUACUGUACAUCUCUCUGUUUGUUUGUAAGUAAGUACCUUGAUGUUGAACGAGACUCUAGAGGGUUUUUUUUAAAAAAAAACACCCUGUUUUUCCCCCGUCUUCACUUUUUAUAAUUACACAUUGAUAAAGUUUAUUGUUCUGAAAUGCUAUUGUUAUAAAGUGCUACCAUAGA